AUGAAAGGGUCUAAGAAAAAAGUCUCAUUUUCAACUUCUAUCAAAUCAUCUGCAUCUCCCACUGUUUCAGAUGAGAAUGAUAGAAGCAGUCAGGAAAUGAGUUUGAAUUUGGAAAACCCAAAGAAACAAACUGUGAAGGAUUUCAUGUCACUCACUGUUUCCGCAGCUUCAAAGGCCACUUUUCCAAGAAAGAAAAUCUUAGCUGAAAGAAAUGAAUCUCCAGGAUCAAAUUUAUCCAAUACCCAUCUCUCAAAAACCCCAGAUCUUGAUUCAAAAGCCUCACCAAAGACAAUUCCAAAAUCUUCACACAAGAAUUCCCCAAAUCUUGACCCCAAAGUCACUUCUAAGGAACCUUUUUCUCAGAAGACACCAUUAUCAUACAGUUCCAGGGAUGAGACACCUUCACCAAGGCCUUAUGAUCCAUUAACGAAUUACCUUUCACCAAGGCCUCAAUUCCUAAGGUAUAAUCCUAGUAGGCGAAAAGAGAUCUUUUUGCGCCUUGAAAUGGAGGAAAAAGAAAGAGAUGAUGGGUCAAGUGUUUCUAGUGACAAUCCUUCUUUGGCUUCUUCUUCUUCACAAGAAGAUGAACAAUAUGGUGAUGAAAAUGAGAGUUUUUUGGAGCAAGAAGAUGAAGAAUUUGAUAUUGAAAGUGAUGAAGAGGCAGAAGAGGAAGUAGGAUGGAGUUUGAGAAGAGUGUUGAAAUAUCUGCUUUUGUUGGUGGUAUUAGUAAUAACUACAUCAUAUAUUUCCUCCAUUAAUUCUCCAACCACUGCACCAGCAGCUUUUGAGGGUCUAACACUUGGUUAUCAAAAGAUUCAAAAUCACUCGUAUGGAAUAGUUGAGAGUGUUGAGGUUGGAUACAAGUUCUUGGAUGGAAAAAAAGAACAAUUGGGUUUAUUGGGCUUGAACCAAGCUAUUUUGGAUGAGGGGAUUGAGGAAGAGGUAACCGAAAAUGUUAACAUGGGAGAAAUAGUUAGCUUGGAGCUAGAGGAUAGAAAUGUUGAAUCUGUAGAGAUGGUUGAAGUGAAGACAGUUGGGGAAAGUGAAGAUGUAUGUGAAGAAGAAUUGAUUAAAAGUGGAGAAACUUAUGAGCAGUUUGCUGAGGAUGUUGAGUUGCAGGAGAAAGAAACUGUGGAAAAGAUUGAAGAAGUAGAGAAGGCUGACAGUGUAAAGGAAAAUGGAGAAAGUCAAGAUGUAAUUGAAAGUGAAUUGAUGAAAAGAGGAAAUGUUUCUAACCAGCUUGUCGUGGAUAUUGAGCUGCAUGAGAGAAAAGAAACUGGGGAACAGAUUGAAGAUAUAAAAGAAAAUGGAGAAAGUCGAGAUAUAAUUGAAGAGGAAUUGGUGGAAACAGGAAAAGUUUAUGAUCAGAUGGUUUGGGACAUUGAACUUCUGGGACAAGCUGCAGGAGAGACGGAAUUCUUAGAAGGUGAUCAGGCAAGUCUGUUGUCUGAAGGGACUGAUCACCAAGAGGCUGCAUCUCAUACAACAGAUUCUUCAGAGAAGGAAAGGGUGGUUCCGAAGAAGGCAGAUGAAGAAAUUCACAACGAAACAAGAGAAAAUGAUAUGGUUCAAGGUAAAAUUAUACUAUUUGGAAAUGCCAUAAGCAUGGCAAGUGCAGUUACUAUGCUAGAAAGGUGGGGCAAAUCCGUUAUUCUCAAUUUCAAAGAAGUGAAUCCACUGAAGGGGAUCAACCAGCACUUGGGAACUGAAAUACUUCUCAAAGUUAUGUUUGGAUUUUUAACAUGUACUGCUAUUGUUACAUCUUUGGUGUUGGGAUCUAAUAUUAGGAGAAAUAGAAUUGCAUCAAAGCGUUCUUGUCUGGUGGAUAAGCAUUCGACCAAACCUGUUGAGCAGGAGAAACCAAAUUUGGUGAUUCCCGCUGAGAAAGAGGAGCAUAAAACGCAUGUGAAUUCUUUUUUGAACACCAUGCCUUUGAUUAGCUCCGUGGACAAAGAUAUUAAAGAAACUUACCAAAGCCGAGCACCUUCAGUUGGGUUGCUUGGUGAAUUAGAGGUAGGAGGAAUUGGCAGUUCUCUUAAGAGUUGUGCCAUCAAAAGCAGAAUGAAAGAUGAAGUGAGCAGCUACUCUGAUUUUCUGGAAAAGGGUUUAGGGAGCAAUGCUUAUUCAGCUCCGGCUCGGGAGAAACAUGAUUUGUUAGAGUUCUCUACCGUGAAUUCCAAUUCAUCCGAAAGAUUGACUGCCAAGAAGAAACUUUUGAGGAAAGAGUUCAGAAACAAUGACAUGGCAGGAGCGGAUGGAGAAGGGAGGAAUAACCUGGUCACAGCAACUCCACUGAGGCGAUCAGCCAGAAUCCGCAAUCGUGCAGACGUUGUUGCAUCUCCAUGAAGGCUGUGAAGACAUUGAUAUUAAUUUAAACUUUGAGCAUAUCAGAAACAGCAUCUCUGUUGUUUCAUAUAGCAGCUCAUUUCCAGGAAACUAAUGUAAAACUAGAAUUUGGCUGUCUAUUCUAAUCUGUAGGAACUGAUCAUCAUUGUAAGACUAACCAACCAUUGGUUACUUGCCUUUUUUUAAAUAAUCACUUUAAUUAUCACCUUUU